AUGGCGUGGCACGACCAGGACAGCUGGCUCACAGCUGCCUUGUCACCCAACCUGUCCACCAUUCUAAUCACGCUGGCUGUUGCGCUGAUAUUGCCGGUGCUGCUGCAUAGUUUCCUCUAUCGUAAAGUAGGAGCCGUCCAGAACCAGCCUGCGUUUCUAUUGCUGGGUCCAAGUGGCGCAGGCAAGACUGCUUUUACUACGUUGACGGAGCGCAACACCACCCCUGCCACGCAUACCUCGACCACCCCCCUCACCGUCUCGGCACUCCUCCCCGCCCCCCAUGUCCCCGCCUCAUCGCACUACCGCUCCCCCGGCGACCCAGCCUACGAGCGCUCGCGCCGAUUCCUCCUACUCGACACCCCCGGCCACGGCAAACUACGCCACUUUGCGGCCGCCCAGCUCUCCGAACCCAAGAUCAAAUCCAUCAAAGCCAUCAUCUUCGUCGUCGACGCCGCCGCCCUCGCCGAAGAAGCCGGCCUAGUCGAAGCAGCAGAGUACCUCCACGACGUGCUCUUAGCCCUGCAGAAACGCUACACAGGCGCCAGGAGCAGCAAAGGACCCGCAGAGAUUCCCGUCCUGGUUGCGGCGAACAAAAUGGAUCUCUUCACCGCGCUGCCCCCGAGCCUGGUCAAGAUGCAGCUCGAAAAGGCGAUUUCAGAGGUGCGGCGUAGUAGGGCUAAGGCGUUGCGGGAUGCCGGCACCGUGUUGGAUGGGCGUGAGGAUGGCGAGGCGGACGAGGAGAAGGAGUGGCUUGGCGAGGGCGGCGAUGGGGAUUUCGAGUUUGGCAUGAUGGGUGAGAGUGGGGUCGGCGUGGAGGUCUUAGGCGGCAAUGUGGUGGGCAAGGAGGGCGAGGGGGUGGCUGCGUGGUGGGCGUGGAUUGCUGAGCAUUUGUGA